AUGGAAAACAUUUCUCCAGGGAGCGAAGGCGACGUGCCACGAGAUCUCCAGGCCAACAACGUGACGCCUCGUAGCGCCCUGUUGUCAUGGAAACCCCCUGUGAAGCCCACUGCCGGCUACCGGCUGACCUACCAGACAGAAGGUCAGGAAGUGAAGGAGGUGAUGGUGGAUUCUUCGGUGAGAGAGUUCAACCUCACCAGACUUUAUCCUGGAUCUAAAUACACGGUGCAGCUACAGGCGGAGGCAGGAGGACGAUUCACCUCCGCCAUUUCCACUGAGUUCACCACCGGUGCCCUGAGGUUCCCCUUCCCCACCGACUGCUCUCAGGAGCUGCUGAACGGCGUCAGGACGUCAGGCGAGGUGGAGAUCUUCCCUCAGGGGAACCAGGGAGUGCCGAUGAUGGUUUACUGCGACAUGGAGACAGACGGAGGAGGCUGGACGGUCUUCCAGAGGAGGACGGACGGCUCGGUGGACUUCUUCAAAGGCUGGAGGGAGUACAUCAGAGGAUUCGGAGAUUUGAGCAGCGAGUUUUGGCUCGGCCUCGAGAAACUCCACAACCUGACAACAAUGACCAGGAUGAGUCUGCGUGUCGACCUGCGAGAUGGAGACGACUCAGUGUUUGCUAAGUACUCCACGUUCGGGGUGGCCAGGAGGAACUACAAACUGACCGUGGGUGGAUACAGCGGGAACGCAGGUGACUCUCUCAGUUACCACAACAACUGCGUCUUCUCCACCAAAGACCGAGACCCGUCGCCGCUCCUCACCCGCUGCGCCCUGUCGUACCAAGGAGGAUGGUGGUACAAGAACUGCCACGAGGCGAAUCUCAACGGACUCUACGGCAUCGACGUCAAACACCAG